AUGUCAUCGUCGCCAAAUCUCCUGACAUCGACUGAACCCGUUACGUCGCCUACGAUGGAAAUACCCGCCCCUUCCGUGACGCUGACGACAACCGAGAGGUCCGCCAAAGACGAAGCGCCGACCACAGCUGCAGUACCACUAGCGUCUGAAAUGCAGAUUACACCCAAGAUGUCAUCGUCGCCAAAUCUCCUGACAUCGACUGAACCCGUUACGUCGCCUACGAUUGAAAUACCCGCCCCAUCCAAGAUGCUGACGACAACCGAGAGGUCCGCCAAAGACAAAGCGCCGACCACAGCUGCAGUACCACUAGCGUCUGAAAUGCAGAUUACACCCAAGAUGUCAUCGUCGCCAAAUCUCCUGACAUCGACUGAACCCGUUACGUCGCCUACGAUUGAAAUACCGGCUCCAUCCGUGACGCUGACGACAACCGAGAGGUCCGCCAAAGACAAAGCGCCGACCACAGCUGCAGUACCACUAGCGUCUGAAAUGCAGAUUACACCCAAGAUGUCAUCGUCGCCAAAUCUCCUGACAUCGACUGAACCCGUUACGUCGCCUACGAUUGAAAUACCGGCUCCAUCCGUGACGCUGACGACAACCGAGAGGUCCGCCAAAGACAAAGCGCCGACCACAGCUGCAGUACCACUAGCGUCUGAAAUGCAGAUUACACCCAAGAUGUCAUCGUCGCCAAAUCUCCUGACAUCGACUGAACCCGUUACGUCGCCUACGAUUGAAAUACCGGCUCCAUCCGUGACGCUGACGACAACCGAGAGGUUCGCUCCUGCCGAAGCACAGACUGCAAUUUUAACACCGGCUCCACUUGAAACGUUCAUCAUACCUAGAAAGUCUGCUCCAGCCAAAGUGCCAGUUACAGUACCAGUAGCAUCUGAAAUACUAACGACACCCAAAUUGUCAUCGUCGCCAAAUCUCCUGACAUCGACUGAACCCGUUACGUCGCCUACGAUUGAAAUACCGGCUCCAUCCGUGACGCUGACGACAACCGAGAGGUCCGCCAAAGACAAAGCGCCGACCACAGCUGCAGUACCACUAGCGUCUGAAAUGCAGAUUACACCCAAGAUGUCAUCGUCGCCAAAUCUCCUGACAUCGACUGAACCCGUUACGUCGCCUACGAUUGAAAUACCGGCUCCAUCCGUGACGCUGACGACAACCGAGAGGUCCGCCAAAGACAAAGCGCCGACCACAGCUGCAGUACCACUAGCGUCUGAAUUACGUCGCCUACAAUUGAAAUUAUACCCCAUCCGUGACGCUGACGACAACCGAGAGAUUACACCCAAGAUGUCAUCGUCGCCAAAUCUCCUGACAUCGACUGAACCCGUUACGUCGCCUACGAUUGAAAUACCGGCUCCAUCCGUGACGCUGACGACAACCGAGAGGUCCGCCAAAGACAAAGCGCCGACCACAGCUGCAGUACCACUAGCGUCUGAAAUGCAGAUUACACCCAAGAUGUCAUCGUCGCCAAAUCUCCUGACAUCGACUGAACCCGUUACGUCGCCUACGAUUGAAAUACCGGCUCCAUCCGUGACGCUGACGACAACCGAGAGGUCCGCCAAAGACAAAGCGCCGACCACAGCUGCAGUACCACUAGCGUCUGAAAUGCAGAUUACACCCAAGAUGUCAUCGUCGCCAAAUCUCCUGACAUCGACUGAACCCGUUACGUCGCCUACGAUUGAAAUACCGGCUCCAUCCAAGACGCUGACGACAACCGAGAGGUCCGCCAAAGACAAAGCGCCGACACACAGCUGCAGUACCACUAGCGUCUGA